UCAUUGUAAAGUGCCGUAUGAGUUUGACACACGUCUGUCAAUUUCUGACAAAUUUCAUGUAAGUCUCUCUGGAGGUUCUGUUGUUGAGGUGGAGGACUAUGUUUACUUCAACUGUUCAAAGGCGGUGGAGGCUAUGCACGAACCUGUAAAUAGAAGAUUCAAAUGUAUAAACGGCGAGUGGAUUGAGGAUGAACGAGAUAAAUCAUGGCAGUUUGGAAAUAACGGGUCUUUUCCAAAAUGCAGAAAAACAAAAUGUGAACCGAAUUGUGAAAAUGGAGGUGUUUGUUUGAGGGACGAUCAAUGUAAAUGCAAGCAUUUAUCAUCUGGAAAACGUUGUGAAAAUGUCAUAUGUGACGAUGAAUGCUAUGCUAAUGAUGGUAAAUGCUUUGGUCCUGGUAAAUGUAAAUGCCCAGAGGGGAAAUAUGGAGCAAACUGUGAACAACGUUCCUGUAUGCUUCCUGAAAAUAAAGAUAUGGCGAAGGUAUCCACACAAAAAACUUAUUUUGCUUUUGGUGAAACAGUUCACAAUUUUACGUGUCAAAUGGGUUAUUUUCCAUCAUCUGACCAGGAAAUGACCUGCCGAAGUGAUGGAUCAUGGUCAGAUAUAGUAACUUGUGUAAAAGGUAAAAUUUACUUGAUCAGUACAAAAACGGGAACACGUACCGGUGCCGGUACAGAUGCCAAUAUUUACAUUACUCUGUUCGGCUCUAAAGGAAGCACAAGAAGAAUAGACUUAAGGGGAAGAUUUGAAUCUGGUAAUGUCGACGAGAUCAGGACAUUUGCCAGAGAUGUUAGACCAAUACACAGUGUACAGAUCGGACAUGAUGGUGGAAGAUGGCAUGAUAUCUUACCUGAUUGGGACCUGGAAUAUGUAUCAAUAUAUGUUGAAGAUAUGGAGGAAUUUUAUGUUUUUAGAAAUAUUAAACAACAAUGGGUAAAAGAAGGAAGUGAUCUGACCUUGCAGAGGGAAGGAAAUCAGUCAUGCAUCAACACAUUCGGUGAAAGAAAUAUUUGGUUUCCUAGAUGGAAGUUAAUCAAUUUUUUUUCCUUGGCAGAAGUGCAGGGAUGAGUAGUAGAGCAUGUAAACAAGCUUGCAUAAACUGGAAUAAGAACGUGUGUAACGGAGUCUAUCGUGAUACACAGCAUUAUAGUUGUUACGGUUUCUCUGAAACUGGUGAUGAAUACUUUACCGUGCAAAAAGAACAUUGGCAGGGAGAACUGUUUUUCAGAACAUGUAAGAAGUUCAACUGAAGGGACUAUACUAUACAAUUGUCGACAUUUCUUAUUGUUAAUAGGUCAUGUUUCAAAUUAUUGUUUCUAUGUGUCAUAUUUCAGAGGAGAUGAAUUAUCAAAAAAAUGUUGUUUUUUGCGUAUUUACUCAUCAGCAGUCCGCCUCCAAAAUAUAUUAAUUUUAAUGAAAAUUGUGAAAAUGUAUUUGAAUCUGUAAUAUUGUAACGAAACCAAAAGGAAGCAAUUUACACAUUAUCAAUGACACUUACAAAUCAUGUAAGUUACCAAGUAGUGGUCAAAAUAUGCAUAAAAGACUAACUGUGUUAGGAACGCAGUAGAAAUCUAGUUGUAAAUAAUGAACAAUCAGACAUUAAUCCCGCAUAAUAUGUAAAAUGAUACUUGAAUCUUGAAACUUUUUACUUUUCAUUACAUCUUAGUACAUUUUUCUCAAGUUUGAUUUUAUUGAAAUAGUUUCACUCAUCUGGAAGCAUGUAGCUUUAAAAACUAUAAUGUAUUCUUAGUGAAAACUGAAACUGUUUCUAAAAGUUCUUGUCGCCUAUAUUAAUUAACCUCCUUUUAACGAAAACACUUAUUGAAAUCUGUAACAAUAAUCAGUAUAAUAUCAUUUGGUGAAAAAUAAAAACAUUUUUUCUUAUCACAACAUAUUUAAAGUAGACAAAAGUAAAUUGAAUAAACAUGUAAUAAUAUUGGAGAAACUAGGCACAGUGUUUGAUUAAACAUAUAUUAAGAAAUUUUCUUUGACAAAGAAAAAAAACUUUACUUUUGAUAUAUCUAAAAAUUACGUUGCUGUGUUACUACCCUACUUACUCAGUAGAAAUAUUGUAAUCAUAACUGCAAAGUCAUGAAUGACGCAUAACAUGCAAGUUAGAAUCAGUUUUACUUUUUCCAAAAUUGGGUUUUUCUCAAGUUAGAUUUUUUUCAAAUGUUUUGACUUUUCUGGAGGCAUGCAGCUUCUUGUAUAGUUGUUAAUUAAUAUUUUUAAUCAUCUUGUCUUGACACAUCUUACGGUUCAUGAUCGAAUGAUAAUAUUACUUUUUCUUUUGCUAUUUCAUUUAUUUACUUAUUAAAAAAACAAUUUUUUUUUAAAAUCAUUUUACAGUUUAAUUCUGUGUUGAUAUCAGUAAUUGCUUAAGUCUAAUCAUGAUACAUAACCC